AGGCCCUAGAAGCCAGCAUGGGGAGGGGGAACCUUUGCAGACCCUCCCAGCCUUUAGGAAGCACCCCAAAGGGCUACACUACAGCGACAGUAGCUGUUGUAAAGGUUGCAGCGGCUGAGACCACCCCGCAUCGGCUACGUCCCAGGAAUUGCCCAGCAGGGGUCACUGCUGUCCCAGUGCAGCUGCGCCACCUCCCUUCCCGGUGUGCCGCUGCUAGGGCAGGGGAAGGUGAAAGGUUGGCAGGAGCAGAAGGGCGGAGGAAAAGGUAGGGAGGCAACGCCGGCUGGGCAGCCGACCGGGAAAAGGACUCGGCGGAGGUGGUAAGCAGCGGGCCGCAAGAAGACGCUGCAACGGCAUUGCAUUGUACUGGAGGAGAUUUCGACCUGCCUGCUCCGCGUAUAACGCGCGGCGGCCACCCGCAAAGCUGUGGCUGCUACGCGCCGGGCUGCGCUUCUAGCCAUGUCGCCCAAGGAAAAGAACCGGGAAGCAGAGCUUCGUCCUAGCAGUGCAAGAGGACUAAGCAACGAGGCAGCCGCACUCCCCUCUCAGCCGCUUGGCCGCUUCUGGGGCACCACAAACUGAGCGAAGGCGGCGCCGGCUACGCUUUCCCGGGGCAGGUGACGGCUUGGUUGCUGCGCUGGGCGCCAACCUCCCUCUCAAGCCCCUUCACGAAGAACUUUGGCGCCGGGCGGAGGUGGUGGGCGUGAAGGGAAACCCCUGGAAUUCGAAUUCCUCGCCGUUUCCUCAACGGGGAGUGGCGGCGGGGCGAGGAGAAAGCGACGCAAAGCCGCCACUCGCGUCUUCAUGCGAAGGCUAGAAGGGGAAGAAGAGGAAGACGCGCUGCCCGGCUGGAGAGCGCAAGCGGGUUGCGCCUUGCGCAGCGUGGCGGUGAGCUGAGCUCUCGCCCGAGCAGCGCUGCUCGCCGCCUCACGCCUUGUCGCGUGGAGCUGCUUCCCUGCCUGCGCUCAGUGCAGACAAGGAGUUCGUAUUUAUAGUCGGGUAUCUAACCACUCAUCGAUACAGCUACGGUGCUACACAACUCCGUGGUUUCUUACGGCUGAACGGUGGACAGAGAAAUCCAUGGGCUUGCAAAGUGCCUGAACUGCAAACUUCUUUAAAAAAUCACCUGCCAGAACUUUAAUACCGCAGUAUUAAGGAAAUAUCUCUCAUGCCCAGCAACCAAUGCUUUCCCCCCGCCCCCCUCAUUCACAGGCAGCUCGGAGAACUUCAGCUUUUCUGCAGGAUGUCUAAAGAGGAUUUUACAUUAUUGUGUUCAGCUGACCCACCUUAUUAGCAGCUGGAGACACGAGGGCAAAGAAUAACCUGUUUUCUGCUUCCUCGACCUGGGUUGCUGAACCAAAUAAUUUAUCAUACACCACAGUAACCGAGUUGAAGACUCUCUACACGUUUUCUCUGUUCUUGGGCUUGGAAUCACCCUCAUCUCUCAUUCCCAUUUGUGCUUCGACAUCAAAGCACUGAAACAGCCAUGGGCUGUUUCUGUGCUGUCCCAGAGGAAUUUUAUUGUGAAGUUCUGCUUCUGGAUGAAUCCAAAUUGACCUUGACCACCCAGCAGCAGGGGAUAAAGAAGUCAACGAAAGGGUCGGUUGUCCUAGGCUACGUAUUCCGGCAUUUAAACCUUGUGGAGAUAGAUUACUUUGGACUGCGUUACUGUGACAGAAGUCACCAGACGUACUGGCUGGAUCCUGCAAAGACCCUUACAGAACACAAGGAACUCAUAAACACUGGCCCACCAUAUACACUGUACUUUGGUGUUAAAUUUUAUGCAGAAGAUCCAUGCAAGCUAAAAGAAGAAAUCACCAGGUACCAAGUGUUUUUACAGGUGAAACAAGAUGUCUUGCAAGGCCGGUUGCCUUGUCCUAUCAACAUUGCUGCUCAGCUGGGAGCUUAUGCAAUACAGUCUGAACUUGGAGACUAUGACCCGUACAAGCACACUGCAGGUUAUGUUUCAGAAUACCGCUUUGUUCCAGACCAGAAAGAAGAACUAGAAGAUGCCAUAGAACGAAUACACAAAACUCUGAUGGGCCAAGUUCCAGCUGAGGCAGAAUUGAAUUAUUUAGGAGUGGCAAAGACACUUGAAAUGUAUGGUGUUGAUCUUCAUCCUGUCUAUGGGGAAAACAAAUCUGAAUAUUUUUUAGGGCUAACCCCUGUAGGUGUGGUUGUCUAUAAGAAUAAAAAACAAGUAGGAAAGUAUUUUUGGCCUAGGAUUACAAAGGUCCACUUCAAGGAAACUCAGUUUGAACUCAGAGUUCUGGGGAAAGAUUGUAAUGAAACUUCCUUCUUUUUUGAAGCACACAGCAAAACUGCAUGCAAACAUUUGUGGAAAUGCUGUGUCGAACAACAUACAUUUUUCAGAAUGCCAGAAAAUGAGUCCAAUUCUCUAUCGAGAAAGCUUGGCAAACUUGGAUCCCUGGGCUAUAAGCAUCGAUACAGUGGGAGGACAGCUCUGCAAAUGAACAGAGACAUUUCUGUACCACUUCCUCGACCUGAUCAAAUAGUUGAAAGAAGUCGCAGUAAGACUUAUCCAAAAAGAACGUCCAAAACACAGCCCAUUGGAUCUCAUUGUACAAACCAGAUGACACACAGUGGAGAGAAUGGGGGAACUACCAAAAUUAUUGCACCCUCACAAAUAAAAAGUUUUAAAAAGUCAAGAAAUGAAAGUAGUCCAGAAACCCAAAGAAGUAAAACGAGUGCACCAUGGGAAGAAAACUGCCCACAAAGUGGGCUUUAUAAUUCUCCCAAUGACCGCAACAGAUCACCAAAGUUUCCUUAUUCACGACGACGACAUCCUUCAGGUGGGAGUGAAAAUGAACCUGGGCAGCCCCAUAGGAGAAGGUCACGAUCUCGUUGCAAUACUAGUAGUGGUAGUGAAUCAGAAAAUUCCAACCGAGAACAUCGGAAGAAAAGACAUAGAUUACGGCAGGACAAUGAAAUGAUUGAUUCUGCUCCUCAGUGGGAAGCAGUGUUGAGGCGACAAAAAGAGAAAAACCAAUCUGAUCCCAAUCAUCGGCGGUCCAGGCACAGAUCUCGAUCGAGAAGUCCAGAUGUGCAAGCAAAGGAAGAAUUAUGGAAACACAUUCAGAAAGAACUUGUGGACCCAUCUGGCCUCUCUGAAGAACAAUUAAGAGAGAUUCCAUAUACCAAAAUAGAGACUCAAGGUGAUCCUAUUCGCAUUAGACACUCCCAUUCUCCUCGAAGCUAUCGUCAGUAUCGUCGAUCCCAGUGUUCUGAUGGCGAGAGAUCUGUUCUGUCAGAAGUGAACUCCAAAACAGACCUUGUACCUCCAUUACCUGUAACCCACUCUUCAGAUGCUCAGUGCCCCACCAUUGCAGGAUCUCAACAGAGGCAAAAUGGAUCUAAAGACAGUUUGAUAGAAGAAAAGUCACAGACAUCCAUUAACCACCUGGAUGGAAAGCACAAUGCAAAGACAAUAAGAAUUGUACAAGCUUCCCAGCUCAAGCUAGAGACUUGAUUCCUGUAACAGAGGACCAUAUAGGCUCUGCUCCUUGAUUUGCAAGUGGUACAGAAGUUCCAAUACAUGUUGUUUGAAAAGAUGGUUCUUGGUCCAAAAAGAAGAUGACUGUGGAAGAACAUUUAAGAGGAUAUGGAACAAUGAUCUGAUCGCUCUGGAGGAGACACUGAUUUCCCCCUCAGCAUUCCUACUUUGAGACCAGAGCAUUGAAUAAAAAUGUCCACUUCUGACUUAGACUAAUGGAAAGAGAGAUCAUAUUAAAAUAAAACAGCCAUCACAGCUGUUCCAAUACCAAACCAGGAUUAUAACAAUGGACAGACCACCAUCUAGAUGACAAUUAUUUGAUUCCAAAAGUGAAAGUACCAGUUAAGGUGUCAAAGGGUCGAUGCAUUUGCCAAAUGUGCAAUAGUAAAUAUUCUUUCUGAAUUCACUUUUUUUGGCUUGUGUCCCGAAUGAGGGCUGUAAUUCAUAUGCCUCUACUUGCCUAGCAAUGACAUACUGUUCUUGUUCAUUCUAGUAUUGAAUCUCUUAUUAGAACUUGUCAUAAGCUCUUGAUGUAAAGAAUUUUCAUGCAGACUUGGUUAUGAAAAAACAGGCUUUCUUUCAAGAACUUUAUGUGGUCUAAUUUUCAAUGAACAGCUGUAUUAGAAUUGGAGGCUUCUCUGUAUCUUUCAUAUUUAUAUAUACAUAAUUUCCAAGUGUG